CUUCUUCUAUCAUCUCUCCUCCGUGUCCCUCAUUUGUAACAAAUCACUUAUUCUUACCUAUCCUCCGAAGAAAGCUCCCCGUCAACUGUCCAUUCCCCCCUCGCCCUCUGUUUAGCUGCAAUCUCCUGGGCAAUGACCACCACCAAUUGAUCGACAUCAUUUUGCCCACUACUGCCAUCACCCUGCAUCAUCGACUCCUCUCUCUGUCUGACUGGUUCUUUCAGUCCAACUGAACUCUCCUUCCGCCCUACCUUAAUUCUCUGUGUCUUUCCUCCGGCUUUCCGUCCAUACCUUCAAGCUUAUUUACUUAUACUUCCUCUUCCCGCUUCCUCGAUCCCUCCGUUCAUUCUAGACCAUCUUUAAUCUGGGCGGCGGCCCCAUGCCCGGCACUUGAGUCUCACUUCCUCCUCCUCCUCCUCCUCCUCCCCCCACCUUUUUCUCGGUCAUUUCGCCUCUCAUCCCCAAUGGCCCUCGCCGCUCCUCCCCGCAAUGUUGUCCCCGGGGAUCUCCUACUUGUCGUCCAUGAUUUCGAUGCCCGCGGCCCCGACGAACUAACUUUGCGACGCGGCGAAAAGAUCGAAUUGGUUGAGCUGGACGAGGGCUUCGGAGAUGGCUGGUAUUUGGGCAAAGACUUAACCACCGGUUCGACUGGUCUUUUCCCUGGUGUGUACACUACCGCCGCUCCCAAGAUCCGCACUCGCCCUUCUACCGAGACGGCGCAGCAGCAGCCAGCGGCGGCGCACCCGACAGCAACUGAUGGCACUACGCUUGAUGCUGAGACAGUCCCCCAGAGCGGCGAAUCCACCCCUCAAGUUUCGCGCCAUACCAGUAUCUCUGACCUACGCGCCACCGAGGUGCCGCGGUCGCCCCCGCAACAGCAGCAGCCACAACAACGUUCCGCCUCCUCCCCCUUGCCGACUGCCAAGAUGACCCUUGAAAUCCGUCAGGCGCUGGAGGGGCAACAUCGCAACGGCCAAGAUAGCCCUGUCAUGAAUGAGACCCUGAGUGUAAUUGAUGAGCACAUCACCGACCUUAGUACGCCGCGCCAUAGUGUGGCUGAUCAGGAGCUCUCGGUUCUGAACGACUCCGCCAGCGAGUACAGCAGCCAUAUCGAUCACCGUCGCUCGUACAUCAAUGGUCAUGAAACCGACGAGGAAGAAGAGCGGCAGCCGCAGGAGGCCCAGGUUCGACGCUGGUCUCCCGCCUACGCGGCCCGCCAGCUGCGCCAGCUGGGCAUCGAAGACAGGCACUGUGACAUCUUCGAGGAGCAGGAGAUCAGCGGCGACGUGCUGCUCGACAUGAACCAGGAUUUUCUCUUCAUGAAGGAAUUUGACUUUGGCGUUAUGGGCCGUCGCCUGAAGACCUGGCACAAGAUCCGCACUUUCCAGGAUCAAGUCAAAGUCGGCCGCAAGCCCCAAUCGCCGGCAGUAUCGCCCUCCCAACCGCGCAGCUCGCUGGCGGCAGGUCCCAGUUCCCCUGAGCGCACACGUAGUCGAACUGGGCAGACGGCCCCAUUGCUACCGCGCAUUCCGACAUUGCGCACUUCGAAUACGCCCCAUCCCAGGCUUGUCAGCAACACGGUCUCCAGUAGCAGCAGUGGCUCUCCGAUUCCGCCGCAAACUCCCCCAUAUAUGGAUCAUUCGCGCCGCCCGUCCGCUGCGUCGGUGCGGGAAAUCAAUCAUUCGCGCCGCCACUCGUCAAUCGAUGCAACCACCUGUUACUCGGGCGUCGUCGAUGGUUCCCCAGGACCCACGCAGCGUGGUUCGUUUGACCGUGCAUGGUCUUUGUCUACGGGACCCCAGCAACGGCUUCCCACGCGGCCGGGCACAUCUGCCGGCACCUCGACUGGCACCUCCCCUGCCUUCGAGACGGGAUUUGUACCAACUGGCCAUCAUCCAAACGAGUCAAAUGGCUCCGACGCAGUAGCCGCAACGCGGGAUGACCUCGAUCGCGGCUAUUUCUCGGGCCCCGAGGGCGACACUCGCAAAAACCGGCGAUUGCUACAGAAACGGCAAUCCGCGACUGGAAGUGCCGAUGCACGCAUCUCGCCGGUUCCCGGGGAGCCCCUGCGGGUUGCGAAGCGACAUUCACGUAUCAGCAGCAUGGACUCGAUCCGAGAAAAGGCUGCGCAGCCCAUUGCCCCGCCCAACAAGUCUUACACAGCACCCGCGCCCAAGCGACGCCUUCGCAGUCUCAGCACCCGUCUGGUGGAUCGACGAGCGCCGCAGUCGGCUCCGGUUUCCGCGAUCGAAGACCGUUCCGGGGGAUCCAGCCUGUUCGGGCCGCUCUUUGGUGGGAAGUCAGAGAACGAUGCAUCCCGUUCGUCGCAGCAAACGGCUAAGAUCGGUGGUCCGAAGUUCUUUCGUGCUGUAGGUCUUCGAGCCAUGUCUGAUGUGGUGAACAAGGGCGCAGAGACCGCUGCGCCGCCGUCGCCAAUUCGGGACCGAGAUCCUGCUCCUGCCAGGACUGGCUCCACGACUCCUUCGACCACUAAGAGUUCUGAACGGCUGAGCACGGACGGCUCCGGCAAGGGAACAGAGGGUGGUCUGUGGCCCCGCUCCCGGCCUUCCGUCAAGACUGGGCCCAAAUCGAAGAAGGAUACCAGUGCCUAUAUGCGUGGCUUAGAGAAGAAAUCUCCGCAGGAGCAGAUGACUGGCUGCGACUACGUUGGGUGGAUGAAGAAAAAGUCCCCAAACCUAAUUACCACGUGGAAGCCACGGCUCUUCGUGCUGCGGGGUCGCCGGCUGUCGUAUUAUUACUCGGAACAAGACACGGAGGAACGGGGUCUGAUAGAUAUCACUGCGCAUCGCGUUCUGCGCGCCGACCACGACCCUAUGAUUGCGCUGCAUGCCACAAUCACUGGAUCGACCGGAUCGCCCACCGCGCCUGCUCCCUCAGUGCAACUGGCUGAUGGGACUUCUUCGACCGAUCCCAUCCCCACCACCGAGGCACCACGAGUCAGCAAGGCUGGCAACGAGGGUCCGUUCUUCUUCAAAUUGGUUCCACCCAAGUCGGGCUCGUCACGAACGGUGCAGUUCACGAAGCCGGCAGUACAUUACUUUCAAGUCGACAACGUACAGGAGGGUCGACGCUGGAUGGCCGCGUUGAUGAAGGCGACCAUUGAACGGGACAUGGACUUGCCAGUCGAGACAACGAAUAAACAGCGCACGAUCAGUUUGAAGGAGGCGCAGUUGAUGAACCAGCGGCCGCCGGCGUUGAUGGCGGGAGCGGCAGCUGGAGUAGCAGAUGGUGCGCCGCCCGAGGCGAUGGAGAAAGAAGUUGCGUCGCUGAAGACACCAUCGGAGAGCACCGAAGCGGAGACAGCAGCAGAGACGCCGGAAGCAUCUGAGGCACCUGAAGAACGAGGCUUAAUGAUCAAGGGGCUCGACUUUGAUGGGGAGCCUGCCCGCCGCGACGGCAAUGAGGAGGGUUCCCGACUAUCGAAUCCUCUGGGAGAAGUCGACACUGGCCCGGCGUCCUUACUUCCGGAGUCGAUCCGAAAUUCACAGUGACGCAGCUCGGAGUUUACGUUUUCCUACCCUUCUAUUCCCCCCCCC